GUCUCCAGGUCAUUGCGCGAAAGCAAUGCCACCAAAAACUCCAGUUGUGGAUCUGUAUCAGUUGGUUUCCCUAUAGCCAUGAUGAUCACUGGCAUGGUGGGCAACACAUUAGCUCUUAUUCUGGUGUAUGUAUCUUACAAAAGAAGGAAAAUAAAAGGAAAAAGUCUUUCUUGCUUUGCAUUGGAUCACUGGCGUUAACUGACUUGUUUGGACAGCUUUUGACAAGUCCAAUAGUGAUAUCAGUUUACAGGGCGGACCUGAAGUGGGAGCGCAUCGACUCAUCGGGCAAAUUAUGCGGUUUUUUCGGUGUGUGCAUGACAACUUUUGGCCUGUGCUCUCUCUUCUUGGCCAGCGCCAUGGCAAUUGAAAGGGCUCUGGCGAUAACAAAUCCACACUGGUACUCCAAUCACAUGAAGACAAGUGUGACAAAGCAGACUUUGGCUGUCAUCUGGUGUCUUGUGUUGCUCUUUGCGCUGCUGCCCAUUGCAGGGGUCGGGGAAUAUACGCGCCAGUGGCCGGGCACAUGGUGCUUUAUCAGCACGGGGGACAGGGAAGUCCCGGGCAAUAUGUUUUUCGCCAUCACUUUUGCUGUACUUGGGAUUUUCUCUCUGCUUGUUACACUUUCCUGCAAUGUAGUGACAAUCCGUGGCUUAAUUAUCCGGUGUAAAACAAAGUCUGGCACUUCUCAGUCUUCAAAGCAGUGGGAACGGCUCACCACGGAGACCGUCGUUCAGCUGUUAGGGAUUAUGUGCGUCCUUCUUAUAUGCUGGUCUCCUCUGCUGGUGCUGAUGCUGAGGAUGAUCUCCCACCAGGUAUCUUCCCACGAGUGCAACUCAACAGCAGUGACCUCCAGUCGUAACUCUAGCCGGGACGUCCAGUUAGACUGUAACUUUUUCCUCACAGCAAUCCGCUUGGCCUCCCUCAACCAGAUCCUGGACCCAUGGGUCUAUUUGCUCCUCAGAGAGAUCCUCCUACGCAAGUUCUGCUUAGUGGCUAAUGCAGUGUCCAACUGCUCCAUAGAGGAACCGAAGGAGACCCAGACGGCAUUGGACGCCCUCAAUAAGCAGAACCAUCAAGACGGCAACAACCUUGAUAAACCACAAGGCAGCAAGGAUGUCAACAUUUGACAGGAAUUAUAUCAUGGCUUUAAGUUCAGACAGAUUGGAUGGAAGAGAAUAUGGAAACACGAUUUUCAUGGAUGUGUCCUAACAUCAUGUUAACAAAGGGUCUCUCCAUGUUCUGGACAGAAGGAUAUUGUACAGUGGUCUCAGUUGCAGUCUUAAUAAGAACAAGCCAAGUCUGCUCGGGGUGCUUUGUUUUGUUUAAAACACAUUCCAUCCGAAGUCACCAAACCAGCAUGUGGAUGCAUGACCUUGUCACGCGUUACAUUUGGCUGCAGCGCGGCAAGUUUUCUGUUUUGAUAACAGCAUCUCCCAGACUCAAGACCUGAAUAUGGGGGACUCUAAAUGGACUUAUAUGGAAGUAAUCCAUCUUGUGCUCUUGCAAAUUGCUUUAGCCAAAUUGAAGCCAUAAACUAGCUAAAGGACUAAUGGAUUUUCCGUAUGUCUAAAAAUUAAGAUGGAAACUGUACAUUUGCAUAUAUUAAGAUGUAAAUAGGACUGCCAUAUCUUACAUUAAAUUUAGCCAUAGAGGUUCUUCUGAAAGAAAUACAAUCCUAAACUGGAGCCGAUUGUUGAUUGUCAGAUUAUUUAUUAGUGUCUGGUGUUAUAGUGACUUCUGCACUGAAUCAUGCUACCUGCUUGGUAUCAGUUGUUGUAAAUUGUAUAGUAUAAUGUACGUUGUUUUCCUCGGGAUAGCAGCCAAAAAAAUUACGUGAAGCUUUUAGUUUUAUGCCACGUUCGCCCUUGAAUAUGAAUGCACUGGUAUGUUUUUUGUGCAAUUACAAGUAUUUUUCUCAGCAAUGUUCUUUUCAGAAUAGCUUCAUUCCACUCUUUUGAACCAAUUAUAUGUGGCAAAUAACUGUAAAUGUGUGUUUUUCAGCAUUAUGGAUGGCAGGGGGGCAUUAUUAUAAUGUAGGCAAGGCAAGGCAAGUUUAUUUAUAUAGCACCUUUCAACACAAGGCAAUUCAAGGUGCUUUACAAAAAUGAAAGACAUUCAGACAAAGGCAUUUAAAAGCCGUCAUUAAAAAGAAAAGAUAAAGAAAGAAACAUUAAAAGAAAAAAAUACAUGAAUAAAAAGUUACAGUGCAGUUUAAGAUAUGAAUAGUUCACACAGAAGUUCCAUUUUACUGAUGCCUUUCUUUAAGGUUUCUCCGUGCAUGAGCUGUGUACGCUUGUAUGGCACAUACGUCCCGAGCAGCAUACACAGAGAAAACCAGCCAGGACAAAGUCCCCAGACACUGAUUCCCUGGGGUUACUAACCCCAAAUGUUCAUUAACCAAAAACGAAACACAACCGCUCAGU